AUGCGCCACCCGAACCACUCUCCUCUUUCCUGGACGCUCAUCCGAAACUUUGCCGAGAAGUUCACUUGGCAGGACCCUUCCGACGGUUCUACAUACGAGGGUUUCAACCCUCCCCCAUCGGCAGUAAACAAGCAGCGGAAACCGUUCUUCAUCCGCUUCAUUACUCGCGAUGGCAAGACUGAGGCCGGCCGUGUAGUCACGCUCACCGUCGAUGGUCAGAAGCACCAGCGCAAGGUGAACCGCAAGCCGCGCAAGUCUGGUAUUGCACUCUCCAAGUACGAGCGUGAGGCUGACAUCCUUUCCUAUCUCGAAGAACUGGAGAAUAACGGACUUCUCUCGGUUGUCAUCAAGUCGCACCGCGUGCUUAUCGCCCAUUCCUGUGCGGCGCAGUUUGCGGGCAGUCAGGAGUCGUUCAAGCGCUUUCUGCGUGGUGUGUCGCUCUAUGCCACCUAUAAGUUUACCAACCAUCUGACCACCGAAGCCAUUGCACGCGCAGAGCUCGACAUGCUUGCCAAGCGGCGCAAGGAGAAGGGCAGUGACCUGACACACGAGGAAGAGCUGAUUGUCACGUUGCAGGCACGCGAGGGUGUGAGCCUUGCAGACAUCCAGCAGGAGGUGUACUUCGAUAUGGUCGUAGUCGCUGCAACGGGCGAACCGCUCGUCAUCGCGCAGACCAAGGGCGAGGAGGUGGAAGUAGUGGCAGUGUUCAAUCCGUAA